AUGAUCAAAGAGAAUCAGGGAGGGUAUUUCUAUUUCGGAAUAGCUGUUGAGAUGACGUCAAAUGUGGGUUCUCUUCUUGGGAUCCAAGUUUCAAUGUGAUUCUUACAGAGGGCCAAGAAAAAAAAGGACACGGAGGUUCUUCCAAAUUGAACUUUUUAGUGAAGUUGAAAGAAUGAUUACAGAAAAAAAGAGGGAAAAAGAGCACGCAGGAGAACUCCUUACGGAAAGUGGGUUUCAAAAAUAAAUAACUGAUGGAGCUGAAAUUGAUUUUAAAAAAAGCAUUUUUGGUUAUUUCCUUUGGUUAGAGAACUUAAAAUAGAAGACAAGGAAGUAUUAUAAUGUUUAUUAUAGUACAGGAAAGGUACAAAAAAGUCGUGAUUUGCCAGGGCACGCCGAUCAAAUCUCAAAUGAGGAGUCUCAAAGACUGCGAUAGCGGAUUCUUGCCAUUGGCAUGAUCAAUAAGUCAACAGCACACAGGAACACGAGAGUGGUCCCUAUAGGGACUAGGGGAUAAUAAAACAGCAGGACAAAAAUGCUCUCCACAGUGCCAAAUUUAGGUGGUCCUUAUAGGGGUUGAGAAUCUGUCCGCUAAGUCUCUAAAGCUUAAGUGGUCCCUGCAAGGAUCUUUCAAUUUUUGUUCGGAUUUGAAAAUUUAAAAAACGCAUUCAAUAGCAUGCAUUCAAAGAGAAAAAAACGCCAAUUUACUGUGUUUUUCGCAUUAAAAUGCUUCUCAUAGUUCACAAAAAUAAACGACUAGUAUGCUCCCCUAUAGGGGACACUUUUGCAAGCUUAGCGACUCCUAUAGGUGAAGGUAAAGGGUCCCUGGAAGGGAACAUUUAAUGGCCUCUUAGGCUGCCCCUAUAGGGGUCCUUUUGAAAAAAAACAGUUACUAUUUUUCAAAGCUGGGUCGCAGCAAAUAAAGGCGACAUCGCCUGCGAUAUAGUCAGUUGUGUUGGGAGCGCUUUGCAGUUACCAGAGAACACGUAAAAAAAAUUUUGACAGGUUUUCAGAAGUCACUCAAAGUAAUACUAAACUUUCAUCGGAAUUCCCAGCCUAAAACUAUUAUCGCCAACAAAACUUUGCAGCAGAAGAAAAAAGGAACGACGCGCCGGAAGCACUCCAAACGUCACAGUUCCAAACAACAAGAACCCUCCGAAAACUCGGGACGUGAGUCGGGACGAGCAACCGCGCAAGAAGCCUCAAGGCAAAUGGUUGACAACGACUUUGUCUUUGAAUCCUGUGUCCAUCCUUCGGUAUAAACUGGAAAAUAAUACGUAACAAAAAACAAACAAUCUCAGUCUUCCAACCAACUCCCGGCUCAGAAAAAGGCGUUUGAAGAAUUUGUUCGGGUUUUUGGUUUUUAAAAUUUUCAUGGACUGAGAAAGAAGUUCAGCGUACGAAAGAUCUUGGUUUGGAAGGCCUGGUGAAUGAGUAUGUUGAGAAGGUGAAACCCUACAUUGGCGCAUCCGUUGGACGAAAGGCUUUUGACGAAAACAUGGAUAAGAAUCGAUACAAAGGUAAAGAAAUGACUCGGAGAAAUAUCUGCUGAGAAAUUCCACUUAAAGGUCACCGUUUUUUUGAGCUUUAUUAAGCUAAAACUCUAGAGCUUGAAGCUCAAAAAGAGGUGAAAAAAGCAAUGUUCCAAAAAAUUUACAGCUCAGGUGAAAGUUAGGAAGCUUCUGCUUUCGGUUCCUCGGAAGGCGUUUAGAAGCUUUCCAGUAAGUGGUCAAACGUCUCCCAUCAACGCCUUUAUAUACCUUCCCGGAAGGCUUCUGCCUGCUGGAAGGCUUCUGGCAGGCAUUUCCAAAUUUUAACUGGGGGCGAUUCUGAAACGCCUAGGCAAUCUUUCAUAUUUGCCCCCCGCACGGCUUUGAAAUAGUCCCCCCAGAGCUCAUUCGAACAAGCCCCCUCCCAUUUCAGAAUUACCCUCCUCCCAUUUCAGAAUGACCCCCCUCCCAUUUCAGAAUGGCCCCCUUCCCAUUUCAAAAAGGCCCCCCUCCAGUUCAGAGGUACCUGGAUGCUACCGGGUAGGAUCUCUGACCAGCGUAUGCUUUCCGGUACCAUGAAAGUAGCUAAUAAGUAGCCUACCCGCUACCUACUUACAUCGACUUUUCGAUUCACCUUACAUUAGACCUCCUGCUGGUUACAUUCCCAGCACCUUCCCAGAUUUCGUAACUAUUAUUACAAGUUGUUUUCAACUUCUUACUCCAAGUCAAUCGCUCCCAGCGCCUUUGUCGGUAGAAAAAAUGUGCCUAUUCGACUUUCCAGGCUAUAUUUCCGCACAUGUUCCCUCUUUUACCCAUUAUCAGAGCCUUAUAACAAUCUCAGACGUGGUUUGUAACGACAUGACUCGAGUCGUUCUGAGAGAUGGCAAAGACGGCGAUUAUAUCCAUGCGAACUAUGUCCGUGGCCUGACACCGCUGUAUAUCCUCACCCAGGUCCUUGUAAUAAUCACAGUUUCCAACCCUUCUCGUAUCUAUUCAGGGUCCUUUAGCCAACACGAUGGUCGACUUUUGGAGGAUGAUAGUGCAGGAGAAAGUCUCGGUUAUUACAAUGCUUUGUGACGUUGGUUCAAAACUUGAAAAAAAGAAUAUUGAGGAAUUCAAUUCUAGUUUAUCGAAAUGGGGAAACGGAAGUGUGAAACUUAUUACCCCACGACGGUUGGCGAGAAAAUGAAGCACGGAGGUAUUUUUUUUGGGAAGAAUUACAAAAGGAUGAGCCCUGAGGAUUUUACGUAAAUUUCGAUGACGUGUAUAGUCUGUUCAGGUUUUGAAUGUCAAGUCGUCGCUCAAGCUCCGCCCCUAAUGGUGCGAUGAACCAAUCAGAGAGCGAGCCUUCCACAGAGUGUUUUUGAAUGACGUCAUCGCACUUGACAUUAAAAAUCUGAACAGACUAUACUUUAAUGGAGUUUUCAAAUCUCAGAGUUUGUCUUUUUGAACCUCCCUUGUGAGGAUUUCUUCCUGAUUAUCAUUCAAAACGUUUCGUUCUCUCAGACUAUACGAUAACUUGUGAUUUGGUGGACGAACAGAUCGACGCGCAUAUCACUCAGUCUAUCCUGACAGUCGAGAUUGGCUCAAAAACGGCGAAAGUCACGCAUUGCCGGAUGAAGACAUGGUGAAAAAAUUAUCUGAUUAUGUUCUCAUCAAAAAGUUUCAGGCCGGACAAAACAGUCCCGAAGUCGGCAAAGUCGCUUCUUCGGAAUCUUUACCUGCUCAGAACCAGUCCGAAUGCGGUCGUGAUUCACUGUUCAGCCGGAAUCGGGAGAACGGGAACGUUUGUCGCCGUCGAGCUUUGCCUACAGACAAUUUUCAACGGCAACACUGUGAAUAUGCCAGAAAUUUGUCAAAAGCUCCGAUGUGAGGAUGAAACGAGCGUUUUCUAUAAUGAAAAGAAGUUCCAGCCUGUCGACUGAGCUGUGUACAAGUGGAUCUACAGUAUCUAGCCUUAGCCCUGACCGUCUGCGAGUGUGGCACCGCUUUCCAGUACAUUACCGAAGAAGGACUGGUAAACGUGAGUUUGAAGAAAAUUGGGACUACGGAAGUAAACUAUUUUUUAGGACGUCAUCAAGCUUAAAGAAAAGUUCCUGGCCUAUGUCGCUGAUCAUCCACCAGAAGGCGGAGCUGCGCCACCUCCUCCUCCAGCUUUCGUUCCAGAUCCAAAGGCGACCCGACCUCCGGGAAGUGCAGAACCGACGUCGGUACUGCCACUUCCGCCCGUCUUUGUGACCGGCCAAGAGCCGUUGAUUCCCGUCCAGAAUCUACCUCUAGCUCCACCUCCACCAGUACAACCUACACAGCCACAAAAAGCUGAAGGGGUCACGACGAAACAGCCUCCUGUUCCACCACCCGCGCCCGUAGUCAAACCAGCCGUACCGGCAGCAGCUCCUUCAGCUCCUCCGGCCCAAGCUAAACCUUUCCCCGUGCCGAUUGUGAGUUUUUGAUGAAGUAGUUCAAGAAAUGAAGCAAGUAAACUUGUAAACUAAAAGUUUGUUACAUAGUUCAUAAGAGGAUUUCAACCGAGAGCCUAUAAAAUUCCAAUGACGUUCUCGAAAAAAAAACAGUCUCAGACGCCUGCUCCACCUGCGAAGAAUGACUCUGCACGACCGAAAGCUCAUCAACCGGUGCCGGCUGUCAGUACCACGACUGCCCCUAUGAGUACUGCCACAACAGUCGGAGCCCUUUCAACUUCUACCGUACCGACGACCACCGUGAUCGCCCCGUCAGGACGGAGAAGCGUGCCGAGUACUGCUCCGAAACCAAAAACGAUGGUUCCUCCUCCGGUUCCCGCAGCUCUAGUCAAACCUGCCGCUGCACCAGCUCAACCCAUACCGUCAAAGCCAGCCACGUCAAAUCCAGGAGGUGCUGCUCCAGCCCUCACCGCAGGGAAGUCUAUGGCUCCGUUGCCAGCUCCUGGAGGCCAGGUUAAGAUUUUUUUUUGUUUCAUCUUGUUUUAUUUUGCCUGAAGAACUCUUCAGUUCCUCGGAACGCCAGAGUGGUCCCUAUAGGGGCAACCUCAGGAACCCAUGAAUAUUUUCUUGUACUCGAACCCCGAUAACGCAAACCGGUUGCGUCUUCUCUGAUCAUUAGUAAUGGACACUUAGGAGUUUUGACGUCACUAACAUGAUAACUAGAAAAGCUCAGAAACGUCCAGCGAUCGCAUUACCGAAGUUCGAAUGAGUAAAUGACCACAAAAAGCGAUUUAGACGAUUAAAAUAAUUUUUCCCACACAUAAUACGUGGUCUUUUGAGAGGAAAAUCGAUGAAUAAAGACUUUACAGAUGAAGCCCACCUCUUUCGCGACCUCGCCCCUCAUUUCUCUUGGACUAAUGAAGUCAUCUGCCCCAAUUGCUGCUCCGAAAAAUGUCCCUGCUAGUCCGGUCUGUCCCGCUCCUGCUCCUACAGGCCAACCGACGACUGGAGUCCCGCCGGGACAACCUACUAACACUGUUCCUAUCGCUAAGCCAGACAAGAAGGCUGGUUCGAAAUACUCCACCUGGUUUAUUUCCUUUUUACAUUUCGAAAUGGGAGGCUGAAGUAGCGUAAAAGAAAAACAAAGAGUCACAGAUAACUUUUGAACUAAAAAUCUAGCGCCUCACAUCAGUCAAGAAACUAGUAAUCAAGAAAUUAGGUGGAAUUUAGUUAGGAAAGUUACCUUACAGCUCCUUUAAGUUUUUUUUAAAGUUUGAUGAGCAUUUUUUUCACAAAAAUUGAUGACUUAACUUGAGCAUAUUCAAAUAUCUUUGCAGAAGUCUCGGAAAAAUAGUUCUGAAACCUCAUGAAAAAGGCGAGUGUCUGCAGAUCAUUGAAAAAGUCUGCGCCUUUGAAAAAAAAAAAAAAUUUUUUCACACGAUAAAGAUCGAAAAAUUAUAAAAAAAUUUUUACAGAAGAGUUGCGAUAAAUGACGUCAUGCCAAACACAAGGUAACCGAAAUUUGAAGAAAAAUGAAUGACCGAAAUUUUUCAGACCAAGUACCCCUGGAGUUGCGCUUUUGCGCAUCAUUUUCGCUUUGCAAAUGUAA